CUUACAUUUUUCCCCCCCGCACCUUAGCCAGAGAUCCUUCCCUUGAGGUUUCGGGACACUUAAAAUGUUGCUUUGACAAAAAUCAAGGAUGUGGAGAAGUUUUUCCUGUGUGAUGUCACUUUGCUGCUCUUUAUAAGCCUCUGCAGAAAAGAAGGGAACCUGUCUGAGGAUUCACACUCCAGACACAGGCGACCAAGGGCAAGCGAGAAGCGCAGAGGCGUAUCAAGUUGCAGAUACCGGCCAACGGCUAGGAGCAGCGAGCCAUGCCACCGAGCAGUCCCUACAGCUGCCUGGGGUACCUGCUGCUGGUACUCUGUAGCCUGAAGGCUACUCUCGCCUUUCCCAACUCCUCUCCGCUGCUGAAUCCCAGCUGGGGGAACGGAGAUCACCUGACGCACCUCUACACAGAUACGGAGAGGAACAGCUUUCAUCUCCAAAUCAACGCUGAUGGCUAUGUUGAUGGUGUUCCUCACCAAACCAUUUACAGUGCCCUAAUGAUCAAGUCCGAGGGUGCUGGCUCAGUAAUAAUCACAGGUGUGAAGAGUGGACGCUACCUAUGCAUGGACAUGAGAGGAAACAUUUUUGGUUUGCAUUACUUCAGUCAAGAGGACUGUGUGUUCAACCACAGGACGCUGGAAAAUGGCUAUGAUGUGUACCAAUCUCCCAAACACAACUUCCUGGUUAGCUUAGGCAGAGUUAAACAAGCUUUCUUCCCUGGUAUGAAUCCACCACCAUACUCCCAGUUUUUGUCCAGGAGAAAUGAAAUCCCUUUGUUUCGAUUCAACACACCUGAGCCCCACAGAAAUACUAGAAGUGCAGAUAUCGAUCCAAUGGAUCCUCACCAGAUCCUGGUCCCACAGAGAAAGAUCUCCGCAUUCGGAUCUCAGUUGCAGCAGCAAGCAGACUUUUCCCACGUGCCCAGAGAACCCAUGCGAAUCAACCAGAACGACGUGGUCAACCCAGAUGACCCACACGCUAUGAUGGAUGCCAGGAGGUACGCAAGUCCUCGCUUUUAUAUUACAAGAUAACUGUGGCCCUGCCACUUGCAAAUUGAAGACAUGGGCAAAUAUCAUAGGCAAAAGGAACUGUCUAGCACACUCAGUCUGAAUGUCAAAAUGGCUAAUCAGAAACCUGAAAGACAUUGGGGAAAAAAUCCUUAAUUUCAAAUUUUGUACUUACAGAUGACAGUUUACUGAAAAAACAAGUUGGACAUUUUCCAGUUGGGCUCUGUUUUACUGGAAAGAAGAUACAUUUUUGAAAAGAAUAAUACAAUCCAAAUGUUUUAGGCUCUGAAUCACCUGAAGUAUGCCUCAGUGAAAAAAAGAAUGCACUUGAAUAAAAUGAGAAACUGGUGUUACAUUACUGGUGUAACUGGGAAGAGACCUGGAGCAUCUGAGAUUCCAACAGAGACAGGGAAUCCUCUUACUAGCACCAUCCUUGGCUGCGCAAGCACAGCAGACAAACCGACCAAUGGUGUGUUAUAUUAUUAUAUAAAAAUUACUGUAUAUGUUUUUAGCUGUUAAGUUGGAGCUUCAGUCUCUUUUCACGCCCAUAUGAGUCUAAAAGUGACCAUUCUGGUGUCAUAGGAACAACACACAUGGAAAAUUGGAGUAACUGAUAGGAGAACAGGACAGGAUCAAAUGGUCUUGGGUAGAAAGAGUCAUUUCUGACACUUACUGAAUCCAAGCUGAGGUUUGGGAUAAAAAGAGGAGAGUCUCACUGUCUCUCAAGUGCUUCUCUGUCACGCUUCUAUAUUCACUAAAUUCUAGCAUCAAAAUAUAGAAAUAUAAUGUACAGACAUUCAUUAGUUUUGCGUAGUUCCAACCCUGAGAGAAGUACCAGGAUCACGAAUAAUCAAUAGUGUGUUUAACAGGAUGGUUUGUUUUGCACACUGCUGAACUAUACAGGGAAAAAAAAAAAUGCAAAAAAUUAUGACUUACAGGUGUCAAACUAUUAAUAGCUCAUGAAGACUCCCAUCUAAUGAGUCAAAAUUAGGUUUGUAUUUAGAAAAGGAGAAUCUAAGUUUAGCAUCCAUGUUUCUAUUUAGUUCUGAGCAGGUAUCAGAUGCUUUAUACUUGUAAGAGGGAAAUUACUUUAAUAUUAACCAGGAGAUCUCUAAUGUUGACAAAACCUUUUCCCUAGAUUGGUAUAUGUUAUGGGUAAGUUUACUUACCAGAAUCUAACCUCCAUCUAUACAUCUGAAGUUUACAAAUCUUUAGUUAAAAGCAAUAUCUGCAGAGCAGAGCUUUUUAUUGUAAUUUAGGUGUCAAAUUGCUAGCUGGUAGAAUUCAGUAUAGCUUGAUUGGUUUUAAUGGAGCUAUAUUCAUUUCCACAAGGACUCUGAAAAUUGUGUACAUACUUGGCUAUUUUCCUCCCUUAUUUCUUUUCAUUUUGAUCCAAUCUUCCUGUAAUCUUAAAUCUGUGUGGUUUUGAAAGUUAUUCUUGAUGUAGUCUGCAGAAAUCAAUAGCAAGGUACUGAUGAGCUGCACAAAAAUCCAGUGAGGUAGAUACUUGAGAAGAGGUUUUUAUUUUGGUGUGUGUGCAUUUUCUGCACAUCAAGAUGCAGGUUCUACUGUUUUGUUUAUUUAGUAUAUUUAACAGACUGACAACAGGCUGAAAAUGGUACAUUUGUCCCAGGUAUGCUCAUAGCAAUAAUGCAGAAGACAUUAGGCUAGAUUCUGGUCCUGUUCUUUUUUCUGUCUCGUGAAGCAAUUCACUGAAGCCACUGGAGUUACAGCAGUGUAACAAAAUCAGAAUAAGGCCCCCUGUGUUUCUUGCUUUCAUUGAAAUUGUUCUGGAUUUAGUGCAGGGUCUGUCCUGCCGACAGCAUUUUUAAAAAAUCUCUUUUUUUCCCCCUAUAUAUGUAUAUAUACAAGCUAUCUCUUUAUCUACAACAUCCAAGUUGUUACGUUAGAAAACUCAUAGGCCCUGAUUCUGCUGUUCGAAGAGUUUUCCUGCGUGGAGUGAUUCCAAAUUCACAUAAGUUCUUAGGAGCACAGGACAAGCCAAAUUAUUAGGUUUAGACCAAGAGUUCUGUCUCAUAAUUUGUUGGUUUCCGUCCUCUAAACUCAUCAUGGUUUUUAUUAGUUUUGAAAGGAAAGGAGUGAUUCUAGCAGAUCUAGGAGAAUCGCAGGGCAGGUGGAUAGCUGUGUAUUUUCUUGCUUAUUCAAAAUACAGCAAGACUUUUUACCUUGCUGUCUAUACAGUGGAGAGGUGUGAUUUUAUUUAUAUGUUCUAGUUUAGUAAUUUUACUUGAACCCCAUACCAUUCUUCUUGGCUUUUUCUCCUUGAGAACUCUGGAGUGCAAAUACACGAGCAAAGUUUUCAUUUUGCAUAAAUCGUUGUAAGCUCCACAGAGCUCUCUAGGACUCCAAGUUAAUGGACCUCCAAAAGUUUGAAUCAUGAAAAUUUCUGUCUCAACCCAUAUCAAACUUUGAUGACAAAUGUCGGUGGGGUUAAAUCUCUAGACCAUCUCUAUAUUCAUACCUUAGAACAAUGUAAGAAGGGUUGCUCACUCCAUCAGUAGCCAGGGGAUUUAGACCCUAAGCUAAGAGUGAACACACAGUGGAUUUUGCAUCAAAAAACAUUUUUGUAACUAUAGAGAACUGUAUCGAAACGUCAAAAGAAAUAAUUCUUCAAAGGAGAUGCUGGCAAUCACCAGCUAGUAAGAAAGCAUUACUUAUUUAUAUUGCAAUAUUUAUUUAUUUAUUUGAGUGGGCCUUAAGUCCCACAUAAUAUUUAUAAAUAUUUAUAACAAUGUAUUACAGAGACUGUUUCCUUUUAUAAAUGUACCAAUAAACUUUUCC